UAAUAGAUCAAAUAACCAGAUGAACACUGAUCGUGACUGGAUGAAGGAGGUAAACGAAUCGGCAGUUUUUCCACUCUUGGAAUCGCAACUACCACAUCCGAUCGGAACAUUAUAUUGACAGGAUCAUGGCUAUAACCUGCAGACUCCUAUCUUAUCUCAAACACUCUAGGACCCUCAAAACGUUUCGAAAGUUGGGAAAGUCAAUCCACUUACCCCAAAUUUCAGUCAUCUCACCAAUAAAAUCGAAUUAAAUCUUUUCCAUUUGCAAAGAGUAUUCUAUUUUUUUUAGACCUGCUUGGAUCGUGGAUAUAGGAGAUGAAGUGGGUGAGGGGGGUCGUGGUCCGGAAAGGGCAUCAUAAUCAAUGGAUUCUCGACUUCUUGACAAUCAUUGUGAACCAUUUGACUAGGUUAUGGAGUAUCGAUUAGAUGCAUAGAGUUUAUGGUAAGGUUACAGGGGCUUUGCUAUUGCGUGGAUGAGCGCAGGGAUACAUAUAAAGUUUUAUAUAUUCCGAUGAGUUCGCCCUCUUCGAUACUUUCUUUUCAACCACAUCGAAGCAAGUCUUUGUCUAUUCUACCUCUAUCACUUCUUUUCAUCUUACCACGCUCUCUUUUUGAUUUUAACCAUUUACAUUCUUUCAGCUGGUCUAACAUCUCAAUUCCUUGUGAAUUCUUUCCAUCAUUUGAUUAUCAAACUCAUUCAUUUCUUCCAAAUCCACAAAUCUUAUUCAAGAUGUCUUUCUCUAAGCUCACCACAUUCGCUGGCCUAGUCGCCACAGUUGCUGCCCAUGGUUAUGUUUCUGGUAUUGUAGCUGGUGGAACUUAGUAAGUCAAAUCUUGGAGCCAUGUAUUCAAACAAAUACUAAUUCAAAAUAGCACCAAAGGAUGGCUCGUCAACUAUGCAUACCAAAACCCAAUGCCAGCAUCGAUCGGUUGGUCUGACGACAAUCUCGAUCUUGGGUUCACUGCACCAUCCGCCUAUGCCACUGGCGAUAUCAUCUGUGCUAAAAAUGGUACCAAUGCUGCUCUUUCAGCUAAAGUUGCUGCCGGUGAUACCGUUGAUUUUCAAUGGACUGUUUGGCCCGAUUCUCAUAAAGGCCCAGUCAUCACCUACUUGGCAAACUGUAAUGGAGACUGCAGUACCGUCGAUAAAACUAAGCUUGAAUUCUUCAAGAUAGAUGAAGGUGGAUUGAUCGAUGACACGACUGUCCCUGGAACCUGGGCCUCUGACAACUUGAUCACCAACAACAAUACAUGGACAUCCACCAUUCCAGCCAAUCUAGCUCCUGGAAACUACGUCGCUCGUCAUGAAAUCAUAGCUCUUCACGGCGCGGAAAGUAAUGGUGGUGCUCAAAAUUACCCUCAGUGUAUUAACUUGGAAGUCACUGGUAGCGGUACUCUUGCUCCAUCUGGUACACUCGGUGAAAAAUUAUACACUCCUACCGAUCCAGGUAUCUUGGUCAACAUCUAUGCUAAAUUGACCUACACUAUUCCCGGUCCACCUAUGUACAAUGCAACUGGAGCAGCAAAUGGAGGAUCAACUGGAGGAUCAACUGGAGGAUCAACUGGAGCCGCAACUGGUGCCACCACCGCAGCCACCGGAAAUACCGCUUCAGUAACCUCCGCCGCCGCCGCUGUUUCUACCCCAGCUGUUGUUUCCACCCCUCCAACCCCAACUACAAUGAUUACAUCCGUCGCUCCUGCUGCUACCUCAGCCGCCGCUUCAUCUGGUGGUGGUGGUGACGAUGAUGAUGACACCUGUGAGGCAUAAGCGUUUCAACCUUUUCCUGCUCGACGCGAGAUUCGAUAUCUCAUGAUUAAUUGAUUGAUUGAUUAAUGGAAUUUUGAUGAGAUUGGAUUGGAUCAGAUUGGGUGAAUGAGCUCGUUUUCAAUGUAUAUAUAUAUAUAACCUUUUUGAUAGAGGACUUCUUUUAUAGUUCUUCUAUCACACACACACACACACACACAUAUAUAAGUCAUCGUCUAGAAAUAAAUGAUAGAGGUUCAAGGACAUUCUUUUCUUUUUCUCUUUUGAGUGAUUCGCCGUGGCUGUAAACUUUUUAAAAAAAUAAUUUAAAUGAACGAAUCAUGAUAGUAAUCUACAUUCCAGCCACCUCUUCAUUCCGGCCACUUCUCACGUCAAAAAUCACAAAAAAUCAAUUUUAAAAACUUUUUUUAUUCAUAGAUAUAAUUUUCUUUUUGUAAAAUCUUAAAUAUAAAUUGAUUAUUUA